AAAAUCAAAAAAUUUCGCCGAUAAAACAAAAAUAUUAAAAUUCAGAAAUCAAUUCCAUUAUGAAUAUGUACAAUUAUAUGCUGAAAUUAGACAUUUUAAUCAUACGGCAAGCAGAAUAUUUCUGUGCAUUGAAUUAAUUUCAAAAUCGGCCAUCAUAAUGAGCUGUAUUUAUUAUAGCUUUCAAUGGCAAAUGGAUUUCCAUAAUACAAUGGUCAUCGGUGCAAUGUUGGCCAUUUUUCCAUAUACAACUGGUAUCUAUUUUCGUAUAGCAAGAUUGCCGGCAAUAAAUCAUUUAUAUAUUAAAUCCAUUUCAAAUUGGUUGGCUCGAUUACAAUAUUAUCGUAAAAAUGAUGGUAAAAAAUUAAAUAACAUUUCAGAACGUAUCAUUUGGUAUCAGAUGAUUAAAUCAAAUCUAUUCAUACAGACAAUGGCCAACAAUCGUUUAGGUUUCCAUUGUGGCCAUUUAUUCUUUAUAACACGUUAUAAAUGUAUAGAAUUAUUUUUACUAAAUUUUUCAGUCAUUAUGAUGUUUUAUAAAAAAAUUAUUCGUUUUUUCCAUUGAAUUUUUGAUUGCAACACAUUA